ACUCAACCAAAUAUAGCACCAAGGCAGCAGAAUUCACAAACGGUAUGUUAAAAUUUGUACAACUUUGCAAAAGUUUUUUUUUUGUUGCUAAGUAAUAUUUGUUUUUAAUCUUAAACUUUAAUAAUUUUCUCCCUUUUUUAAUACAAAAUCAUUCCAUUCACCAGCAUAGCAUUUUGGAAUGAAUGCACAUUUUAUGUAAAAAAAAAAAAAUGUGUACGAAUUCAGAGAUGCUAUUGCUAAAAUACAAUUUUUUAAAAUUGAGCUAAUACUUCUUCAGAAAAUUAUAGGUUAUAAAUUAUGGAAAGAAAAGAAGUAACUAAUUAACUGUUAAUUAGGCUAAAAUAACUUUUCUACCCAAUUUAACCCUUUCGCUGCUGAGUUUUUUUAAUGAAAAAAUGUACAUUUUAUUUCAAAAAGUGAGAAAGACUGAGAAAUUGGGUUUAUUAAAAAAUAUCUAUUUAUUUUGAUAUCUACUGAAAGAUAAUUGAAUGGACUAUAUGUUUGUAAAAAUUUUUCUUAAGUUUAACUAAAUAAGUGACAAAAGAAAUUUAAAAUGUGAAAACAUGAAAUGUAAAACCUUUUUUUCCUUAAACCCUUUGAUGUAGAUAUACAUCAUCUUCACUGCUAUAAUUCAAAUCAUCUAAAACUACUACUAUUGGAAUCAUCUGAUGGAUCUAAAUCAUCUUCAUUAUCAAUAGAAAUAGUAUAAAACAUUUCCAAAGCUUGUUGAGCUUUUAAUUGUCUAGGAAAUUUACUCACCCCACUAGAGCCUGUGGUAGCCAUAGCAACAGAAUUGAUAAAGAAAAAAAACAACAGCAAAGAAUAUUGAUAAAAUAAAGCUUCAAAUGACAAAUAAACCUUUCUUUCGCUCAUAAACAAUGAAGCACCACUCUUCUAUGUAAAAGUCUAAUUAAAAACUAGCUCUUAAAACGUUUAACUGAAAAAUAGCAAAGAAACAACCAUGAUAUUGAAACAAUGCACUGUGUGUUUGUCCGUGCGUUUUAGCACAGCGGAUGAAUGUACUGCGCUACAGUGAAAGAGGUAAAGGGCAAAUGCAAAAUAAAUAUAUGCAAAAGCAACCUGUAUAGAUUUUUUUUUACUGUGUCUUAUUUUUAUUAAAGGUGAUAAAAUUAAUUAACCCCAGAAUACUUUAAUAAAUUUUAAUGUUUAGCCAAUUUUAGUUUUGAUUAUCUAAACUAAUUGGGACUGUGGUGCUUUGGAUAACCGAGUUUUCGGAUAACAGAACACUCUCAUGGAAAGUUUGCCUUAAAGAAAGUAAUGGGCAUGGAGAUUUGAGGUCACUUUGUCUUUCAGACGUGUAUUCUGGGAUAAAUAUUAAUUAACAAAUUAGCAGAUCGCAUUAUACUAGUCAUGUUGCUGAAUGUACAGUAUGUACCUAGAUUUUACCUUGUUUGUGAGACAGUGUUCAGAGUUGUUUUUCUGUCUUAUUACACCAAUGCUUCAAGAAGUAUUCAUGGUGUACCAAAAUAAUGAUUUUGAAAAGACAUGAAAUUCAGAUAACCUUAGACUCUGGUAUAUAUAUAUAUAUAUAUAUAUAUAUAUAUAUAUAUAUAUAUAUAUAUAUAUAUCUCUCAUCUAUUGCAUAUUAUUUUUUAUCUGUCCUAUGGUAUCACAAAUUUUUUACUUUUAUAUUUUAUCUCGGGUUUUUCGCUGUACUGCUGUACUAUCUAGUUUUUUAAAAUAUGUUUAUUAUUUUAAUUAUUAUUUGCAAUAAAUAAGCAUUUCUAGCCUAAAAAGUUGAAAACGAUACAAACAAAACUAUUAAAUAUUAAUAAAAAAAUAUUAUUUAUCUAUUAAAUCGAAAUAAAUGUUAAAUAUAAGGUGGCUAUUCGUGGACUUCACCUAUCACAUGGAUUUCUGGAACCUAACCCCCGGAACAUAGACAAGGGAUCACUCUGUUACUAAAGUAGUUACUCUCUUGCUUCAUAGUUAUUUAAAAAAUGAUCAAAGAUUGAUGGUCAUUAUGCCUAAGGACUUAUUAAGCUUGUGUAAUAAUAAAUUUUUUUUUGGGUAGUUAUUCUAAUUUUUCUAUUAAGUAAUUGUUUCUUCUUAAUAUUUAGGGCACCCUUACUAUCCCUCAUGGGGCACUGCUAGUACGAAAUGAGAGUGGCCAACUUGUUCUUGUGUCAGCAUCCCAGACCGUCCUUCAGCAAACACCAAGCAGCAACAGUGUUAUAACCACAAUGGCUCCAAGUAGUUAUCGUAUACAGAAUGUUCGGGUAACUUUCUCUGUCACAUAUUGUAACUAUAUAUAAUGAAGAUUAAACAUACCAGAUUUAUUUAAGAAGAACGUCUCUGAAUUUAAUUUAUGAACAUUUUAUUUAAAUUCUUUUUCAUAAAGGUACACUGAAAUUUUAAAAUCAAUAUAGCUGUUGUUUUUUUUUAAAUUUUAGUAUGGUAUGCUGAGUUCAUUGACAUAGAAGCACUGCACUGAUUAAUUGAUAUCAGCAUUUUUAUUGCCAGAUUAAAUGGCUUAUAUGUUUUUGUAAUGAUAUUUUGCAAUAAUGUCAGAUCUGAAACAAGUUUCUGGUCAUUUAACGGUUUCAGAACAUGAAAAUGAAAUUACUUAAAUCUAAUUACACUCUAUUACAUAUGAAAAACAGCAACCACAUUAGCUAUUUUUUGAAAGACUCCCCAUUUCAAAGAUUUGUUACACCCUCCAUCAACCCAAAAUCAUUAAUACAAUGUGAACAAACCUGAACAUGAGAUUUUUAUGGUCAGAGCCCUCAUAUUUUCAGUUUUUGAGUGGCAUGAACAGCAGGGCAGUUAACCCUAUGCACACCUCUCAAGUGGUGCUGGGGUUGCACCUAAGAUAUUACCAUAAGUCUCUCCACAUUCCCACCCCAGAGGAUUGACAGAUUGGGUCCAUUGCAAAAGGGAGGAUUCCUCAGACCUGAUAAUUUGAUUCAGGGACUCAGAUACUGAUUUGCCAAGCCCCUAGUGGCACUUGUUGAAGGGCAUCCAAACUUUAUCUGAUUUUAGCACCCAGUUAAAAUGAAUUUGUUUGAUGACCAUACAUUUAAAAAAAUCCAAUUUGUAAGUCACAGUUGUGGGCCAAGUGAUAGUUGUCCUACUAGUUGUUAGAUAGUUAAGUUUUGUUUUUGUUGCAUCAUUAAGACAUAAAGGAAGCAUAAAAUAGUGCACACAAUUUGCCAUAGAGAUUUUCUGUAAACUUAGUCAAAGGGCAUAGAAGUCUGCAAACCUUAACAGGACUUGCUUUUGAGUUUGAACAAAGAAAAAAAAAAAAGUAAAAUAUUAUCUUCAUCUUUGUGUAUUGUAUGCUGCUUAAUAAAUAGUUAAGUAGGUUCCAGGAAGUACAAAAUGACUAGUAUUAACAAAAUAUUUGUUGUUAUUGACAGCCCCUCACAUCUCAAGCACCCGUGCGAAGUACUUCUAGUGGUCAGACCAUCGUCACCAUUCAGCCUCAAUCAGCACCACAGCAGCAGUCCAUUCAGGUUCGAGGACCAAAUAUUUCAGCAGUUGUUCCAACAUCAAAUCUCCAGCAACGUCCCCAAGUCCAAACAACAACAGUCAUUGGUCAGUCGGCCCC